UCCUAUCGCCAAUCUGCUUUGGAAGUUGCAGAUUGGUAAAACAGUUCAAAGGCAUAAGAAAAAUGCAGAUGUUGAGAUCUUGAACAGGGGACUUUGCUGGACAAGCUUAGUGGAUCAGGCAGCAUGUUUGGAGGAAAAUAGUUGAUGUUUUGGGUCGGGACCCUUCAAGACUGGAGUAGAGGGGAGAUAGCUGGUAGAAAGAGGCAGUCCCAUUUGUAUGGGACUGGAGUUGCAUGCAAGCCAUAUUGGGAACUGAUGCACUACAAUGCCGGAUCAGUUCAUUCCAAAGAGGAAGAAAGAUUCUAAGGGGGCGACCGUGGCUGACAAGGGAAGUCAAGGACAGUGUAAAAAUAAAAGAGAAGAAGUAUAACAUAGCAAAGAUGAGUGGUAAGCCAGAGGAUUGGGAAACUUUUAAAGAGCAACAGAAGAUAACUAAAAAGGCGAUGCGGGGAGAAAAGAUGAGGUACGAAGAGCUCCACAACCAGUGUCACCUGCACAAGAAAUUCCUUCUCCCUUCAGGCGGCUCUGGAGUCCUGUGUUUACACAAUUCAACGUGCAGCCAGGAUCAAACACUCUGUAAGAAGAAGAAGCUACCGCUUGUGAAGAAGUCCUUUGUCUGUUACCUCGCAGGUCAACAGAUUAAGCUUCGGAAUGAGCAGAGCUACCAUCAAGCACUGCGUGGCUAUGCAGCUCACAGACUACCUGCCCUUUUGAAGGAGGAAGAAUUCCAAUUCGGAACCUUGAACAAGGUGUUUGCAUCCCAGUGGCUGAACCAUCGGCAAGUAGUGUGUGGGACAAAAUGCAAUACGCUAUUGGUGGUGGAUGUUAUGACUGGACAGAUAACAAAAAUUCCCAUGCUGAAGGACCAAGAACAGCCCAGUGCCAUCGUAGACCAACAAGGUUGUGGUAUUCAUGCCAUUGAAUUGAACCCUUCUCGUACCUUAUUAGCAACUGGAGGAGACAACCCAAACAGCAUUGCUGUUUAUCGACUGCCAACUCUGGACCCUGUUUGUGUGGGAGAUGAUGGACACAAAGACUGGAUUUUUUCAAUUGCAUGGGUUAGUGACACAAUGGCAGUUUCUGGUUCCAGGGAUGGCUCUAUGGGCCUAUGGGAAGUAACUGAAGAAGUACUAAGCCAAACCGACAUAAGUAUGGAUCCCACACAAGUCCCAAGUUACACCCACAUAACACACAAAGCUUUGAAGGAUAUUCCCAAAGAAUACACAAAUCCUUAUAACUGCAAAGUGCGUGCUUUGGCCUUUAACAAUAACAGCAAGGAGCUUGGUGCAGUAUCUCUUGAUGGUUACUUUCAUUUAUGGAAAGCAGAAGAAAACUUGACAAAGUUGCUGUCCACCAAGUUACCUCAUUGUCGUGAAAAUGUUUGCUUAGCAUAUGGACAAGAAUGGUCUGUAUAUGCUGUGGGGUCCCAAGCGCAUGUUUCUUUCCUUGAUCCAAGACAACCACAAAGCUAUGUAAAAUCAGUCAGUUCGAGGGAACGGGGCAGUGGUAUUCGAUCUGUAAGCUUCUAUGAACACAUCAUAACAGUCGGAACUGGACAAGGCUCUCUACUUUUCUAUGACAUCAGAGCUCAGAAGUUUAUGGAAAGGCUUUCUUCUAUAACAAACUACAACAGUGAAAAGCUGAAACCCAAGUCUGGUGAAGAGAUUUUAAAAUUAACAUCAGGGAAGGGUUGGUUGAAUCACGAUGAAACAUGGAGGAAUUACUUUUCAGACAUCGAUCACUUCCCGAAUGCAGUCUAUACACAUUGUUAUGACUCCUCUGGAACAAAACUUUUUGUUGCAGGGGGUCCCCUGCCAUCAGGUCUUCAUGGAAAUUAUGCAGGCCUGUGGAGCUAACAACCCCUUGCCAUGUACUGUAUUUGCAGAUCCGUUGCAUUUUAUUUCUUGGGUUUCACAUUACAGUAAUCCUUCCAAUGUUUUGAAUAUUGUGUGAAAUACACAAUAUUUCUGUUUCAACUCUACAACUGUCUUUUAUUUCUUUUAAUUUGUGUCAGUGCUUCAGUUUUUCCAUUUCCUUCCUGAUGUAAGUUUCUUAUUGAAAAUGUAUGUAGGUUUAAACUGGUUCACUACUGAUAGUGAGAUAGGGUCCAUUAAUUAAUGCGUGACCACUACCAGAUUUUCUGUGAAAGUUUGGAGGGGUGUAAUGUGUGUAAAGGUACUUUGUGUCAAUUAAAUACGAAAAAACUUAA